AUGGUGAGCUGGGCCAGUGUGAGGAUGCAAGGAGACAACAGGAAGCAGCAGCAUGCCGCUCAGGAGGAGCCGCAGGUGUUUGGACACCUGCUGAAGAGACCAAUGGAAACGUUUUUUGACAACCACCACCCGGCCCUGAAGUCCCCCAUCUUGGUCUCCGGUCCUCGCUGCGCGGCGGAGGACACCUUCAGCCGCCACUUUGAGAGCAUCAUGGAGUCUCACCGGGCUAAAGGCACAUCGUACAACAGCCUGGACAGCGAGGAGCUGCUGACCUCCAGCACCCAAACCGUCCUGACCUUUGACCUGCCCACACUCACCCCUGCCAUCCACGGACCGGUCUGCCAGAGCGCCAGGCAGAUCGUGCAGCUCAGCUUCGCCCCGCUGGCCCACGACGAGAGGCCCAGCAUCUCCGAUUCCAUCUUCACCAUGACGGGGGACUCGGACGCCACGCGAGCCCCGUCCAGCGAAAGGCUGAGCAGCGGGUCGGACAACACGCCGCCCAGAGGACGGGGGUGUUCGCAGCUGGGGAGCAGCUGGUACAGCAACCCGUCUUUCUCAUUACCGAGCAGAGACAAAGCCCGCCUGGCGACGGACUCGGAGCUGGACCAGGACCUCAGCGAGCGGCUGGGUCUGGGCAGCAGCGACACGCUCACCAACGGCAGCCACCGAGCCGACGUGGCGGCGGCCAGACGUUUGGCCAAGCGGCUCUUCAACUUGGACGGCUUCCGGAAGUCUGACGUGGCGCGCCACCUCAGCAAGAAUAAUGACUUCAGUCGCAUGGUAGCAGAAGAGUAUCUGAGUUUCUUCAACUUCACCGGCCUCUCCAUUGACCAGGCGCUGCGGACGUUCCUCCGGCAGUUCGCCCUCAUGGGGGAGACUCAGGAGAGGGAGCGGGUGCUGUCUCACUUCUCCAAGCGUUACCUGAAGUGCAACCCGAAGGUCAUGCCGUCAGAGGAUGCAGUUCACACUCUCACCUGUGCUCUGAUGCUGCUGAACACCGAUCUGCACGGCCAGAACAUCGGGAAGAAGAUGUCGUCCACGCAGUUCAUCGGCAACCUGGAAGGACUGAACGCCGGCCAAGAUUACCACAAGGAUCUGCUUAAAGCGCUCUACAACUCCAUCAAGAACCAGAAGCUGCAGUGGACUCUCGACGAGGAAGAGCUGCGGAAGUCGUUUUCGGAGCUGGGCGACAGCCUGUGUGACUCCGGCGCCGCCCGGGCGGUGAAGGCCGAGGGCGGCGGCGCCGGGAAGCCGCUGGCGGACGAGACGCAGCCGUCCGGAUCGCUGCUGUACAAGAACGGGUUCCUGGUCCGGAAGGUCCACGCCGACCCGGACGGCAAGAGAACUCCCAGAGGGAAGAGAGGCUGGAAGACGUUCUACGUCAUCCUCAAAGGGCUCAUCCUCUACCUGCAGAAGGGGGAGUACCGGGCGGAUAAGCAGCUCUCCGAGGAGGACCUGAAGAACGCCGUGUCCGUGCACCACUCUCUGGCCAUGAAGGCCUCGGACUACAGCAAGAGGCCCAACGUCUUCUACCUGCGCACCGCCGACUGGAGGGUGUACCUGUUCCAGGCGCCGAACGCGGAGCAGAUGCAGUCUUGGAUCACGCGGAUCAACACGGUGGCCGCCAUGUUCUCGGCUCCUCCUUUCCCAGCGGCCAUCGGCUCGCAGAAGAAGUUCAGCCGGCCGCUGCUGCCGGGGACGGUGUCGAAGCUGACGGAGGAGGAGCAGAUCCGGUCCCACGAGGCUCGGUUCAGGGCCCUGUCUACUGAGCUGGCGGAGCUGCGCUCCUACCCCCCCGACCGCAAGGUCAAAGGUCGCGAGCUGGAUGAGUACCGGCUGCGAGACGAGUAUCUGGAGUUUGAGAAAACCCGAUACGGGACAUACGUCAUGCUGCUGCGAGCGAAGAUCCGAAGCGGCGAGGAGGACUUGUCCGUGUUCGAGUCCCAGCUGCUGGAGGACAGCCGGCUGCAGAGGGCCCACUCCAGCCCCACGCUGCAGGACAGCAGCCAGGCCAGCCAGAUCAGCCAGGCCAGCAGCGCCAGGGACGGGGCCACCAGCAGCAAGGCCAGCGGCUGCAGCAAGGCCAGCGGCAGCAGAGUGAUCCGCAUGCCUGCAUCCAGCUCUGCUUCUUUUAAGGCCUUUUACUACUUUUAA